GAUACUUCGCGCGUUUAGUUGGCGCGCGGGGCCCCGGCGAUUGGGACGGCCAAUAGAGACACUCCGUGCAAGAAAGGAGAAAGAGAGUAGGGGACAAGAGACUCGGAUUGACGGGGAAGAAGAGGAAGAAGACAACGACGAAGGAAGAAGAAAGAGAGUGACGAGAGCGACGACCACACAGAGUGACGACGACCUAGACGAAGAAGACGACGACCGAAUCUCAGUUUUUCGCAACUUCCCCCGUUUUCAUUUCGGCCAUCUCGCGCGAGCCCGUAGAUUCCGAGUCGGGUCAACUGAGCCGAGUGUGUGCACCUCUCGUAGUCCGCCUCUUGGGCUCCGGUGAGAAGUGAUCCCAAGCGGCUGCUGACCGUUGUCGCGCGGAACUGCCGAGAGAACUCUCCGCCAGGUGCCGGGUUUCUCGGCUCGCACGGACGGCGUCGGGGAAAACGCUCAUCCUCCGCUCCUGGAUAGCCGGAGACGCGACCUAUUCUUCAAUAUUCCCAGAAGAAUUCUACGGGGAUAAUCAUUGGCGACGGUGGACGUCGGGCUGAGGAAGGAGCCGCGGUGAAAACAGGUUGGAUGGUGCCGCGGGUCGGCGCUGUUUGAACCGACGAGCAGGUGAAGGUCGGGGGGACAGAUUUCUCUCUUCCCUGCGAUUGCACGAACGGCAGUUUCGUCGUCGGCGUAGAGACAGGUGCGAAGGCGUGCCUCCACAAUGGGGGUCGCCGACGACUUCGCGCCCAGCUUUACCCAAAAGCCGCAGCUGCGGCAGGAAGACGACGGCAACCGGCUGAUAUUCGAAUGUCAGCUAGUGAGCUCGCCGAAGCCCGAGAUCGCCUGGUUCCGCGGCGAGACCGAGCUCAGCCAGGAUGAUAGAACCAACUUCAAGAUGCAGAGCGUCGGGACCAACAAGUUCCUGGUGGUGCUUGAGCUCGACGACGUCAUUGAGACCGACGCCGGCCUCUAUAAGGUCAAGGCGAAGAAUAAGAUGGGCGAGGUCGCCGCUUCCAUUAAUCUCAACUUCAGUCCAAUGGAUGAGCCUAGAGAGAAACAAAUUGACGGCAUCGCGCCGACUUUCGCGAAGAAGCCUGCGAUUAGGCAAGAGGACGACGGCAAACGGCUGCUCUUCGAAUGUCGCAUCACAGCCGAUCCCACGCCAAAGGUCACAUGGUUUCACGAUGGGAAUAUGGUCAAAGAUUCGUCAAGGCACAAGCUGACCGUCGACAAAGAUGGCCACUCAUACUUCGCUACCCUGGAAAUAAAAAAUGUGACCGUCGAGGAUGCUGGCAAAUAUAAGGUCACAGCGAAAAACGAGCUUGGCGAGUCUAAUGCUACGAUUUCCCUGAAUUUCGACAGCGACGAGGCACCCGUACCGGAAGACGGUAUUAAACCGACCUUCACCGAACGACCGGUGAUAAGACAAUCCGACGACGGUAACACCAUCACCUUCGAAUGCCGACUUGUCGGCGAUCCGAAACCGAGUGUAAAGUGGUAUCACGGUACCGAGGAAGUGAAAGAGGGCGGACGGUUCAACACGUCUCUGGAACUCGAUCAGAAGCUGUAUCACCUCGCGAGGCUGAGGAUCGACAGCGUGGCGAAGGGGGACGCGGGCGAGUACAGGGCCGUGGCGAAGAACAAGCACGGCCAAGGGGUGGCGACGAUUAAUCUGAACUUCGAGGGUGGCGACAGGCUCAAAAUACCGGACGGUAAGCCGCCGCGCUUCCCGAAGAAGCCAACGAUCCGCCAGGAAGGCGACAUACUUAUCAUGGAGUGCAUCCUGGAGGCACACCCGGUACCGGACAUUACGUGGUACCAGGGUCAGAAAACGAUUGCCGACAGCAAACGCGUCAAGAUGUCGCGCAAGGCCACCGGCAAGGACACGUACCUGCUCACCCUCGAGAUCUCAAACCCGACCAAGGCCGACGGCGGGAAUUACCGUUGCAACGCCUUUAACAACUUUGGCGAGAGUAACGCCAACAUCUCCCUGAAUUUCCAAGAAGAGGGUGCGGGCUUCGCGCCGUCCUUCAUCGAGAAACCCCGCAUUAUCCCGAACGAGAGCGGCACGCUGAUCACUAUGAAGUGCAAGUGCAAGGCGAACCCGAAACCGGAGGUUACGUGGUUCCGUGGCACCAAUGUGGUCAAGGAGUCGUCGAAGAUCACGAUCAAAACGAUGACGGUCGAGGAAGAUAUCUACGAGCUUGUCAUGCAGAUCAAGGAUCCAUCAGCACCUGAUGGCGGUACCUACAGAUGUCACGUGAAGAACGAAUACGGCGAGAGCAACGCCAACUUGAACCUGAAUAUUGAGGCCGAGCCAGAACCGGAAGGAGACGGACCAACUUUCCUAGAGAAGCCACGGAUACAGUCGCAGAACAAAGGCAAGCUCGUCAUCAUGGACUGUAAGGUCAAGGCUAAGCCGAAGCCGCAGAUCGUGUGGACUCACGCAGGCCAGGUGGUGAAGGAGUCCUCCAAGAUCUCCAUCAGUAUCGUAAAGGAGAAGGAGGACAUCUACUAUAUUAAACUCACCUUAAAUGAUCCUGGACCAGACGAUUCCGGCCUCUACAAGUGCAAUAUCAAGAACGAGCUCGGCGAACUCAACGCCAACCUCACGUUGAACGUUGAGAUUAUACCCGUGAUUAAGGAGAAACCAAAGGUAGUGAAGAUCGUCAAGAAGAGGACUGUGAUAGUCGAGUGUCAUGUCCUUUCCAAAUUCUCGCCCGACUGCACAUGGUUUAAGGAGAAUCUGGCCGUUAAAGAAGAUAACAGGCAUAAGCUGCACGUCGAACAAGUCAGAGAAGGUGAGUUUUCUGUAAAACUCGAAAUCGAACAAAUGUCGGCAACAGACAAAGGCGUAUACAAGUUGGUAGCACGCAACGAAAAGGGCGAAGCUACCUCGCAAGUAGUAGAAGUGACGGAAAUCCCAGACCAAGGCGAGAAACCAAAGAUCGUUACUGGUCUGAAAUCACUUACUGUUGAAGAAGGCAAGACGAUCGAGCUCAUCGCCAUCCUCGCAACGCAAGAUCGAAAAGUCACUAUUACGUGGUACAGAGACUCAACAGUUGUCAAAGCGUCAAAGGAUAUAAUGAUCUCUUUCAAUGGCUUGGACAUGAAAUUGACCAUCACUUCGGCCUCGACGGAGUUUUCAGGAACGUACAAAGUCGUCGUAAGCAACGAAUACGGCCAAGACGAAUCGUCGGCCCGACUCAUCGUCAAGAAGAAAGAGGAAAAGAAGAAAGACGAGGAGGAGGAAGAAAAGAAGAAGAAGAAGGUGGAAAAGAAGGAGGAAAAGAAAGAGGAGGAGAAAAAGGAGGAGAAGAAGGUGGAAAAGAAAGAAGAGAAGAAGGUCGAGAAGAAGGAAGAGAAGAAGAUCGAGAAGAAAGCGGAGAAGAAGGUUGAAGAAAAGAAGGAAGAGAAGGAUAAGUCCGACAUGAAACCGAAUGGUAUCGACAAACCAGGUGUUGGGAAGAAAAUGGAGAUCCUGCAGGAAUCUCGAGAAAUCACACCUAAACUCGAGAAAGCCGCGACUCGCAAAGAGUCCAUAAGCAGAGUGCAGGAAAUUAAGCAGGAGAGUCGUCGCAGCUCGCUCAUUACGGCCGAGGGAAAGAUGGAAGAGGAAAUCAAGGUAGAAAGCAGGCGAUCCUCUAUUAUAGAAAAGAAGAAAACGACCGUUGAAAAGGAGGAUGAUAUACCCGAGUAUGAAAUAAACGAGAACAAGCCAAAGAUCAGAAACACUGACUCUACACUUGAUAAAGAAGAAAUGCCCAAGAAAAAGCUGUCCACUAGACGCAGGUCGUCUACCAAGUCAGUCGAAGGCUCAGAGGACCAAGAACCGGUAUUGAAACUGAAGAAGAAAAAACCUAAACCUGUGGAUGAUUCUAAGAAAGAAGAACCGACCACAAAACCGAAAACUCUCGGAAAACCGGAAAUGCACAAGGAGGAAGUUAAGCCUAAAGCGGAGGAGGCGAAGGUGGAACCGAAAGCCAAGACCAAGGUAGAGGAAGUGAAGGAAAUGCCGAAGGCUAAGCCUAAACCAGACGAGCCGAAGGAGGAACCGAAAGCCAAAUCCAAAACUGAGGAAGCAAAGGAAACACCAAAGGCCAAGGCCAAGCCAGAGGAGUCGAAGGAGGAACUGAAAACUAAAUCUAAAACAGAGGAAGUAAAGCAAACACUGACACUCAAGUCCAAACCGGAAGAAGACAAGAUCGAAGGAAAGCCUAAGGUUAAACCAGAAGAAGCCAAGGAGGCACCAAAGGCCAAACCUAAACCGGACGAACCAAAGGAGGAAUCAAAAGCUAAAUCUAAAGCAGAGGAAGCGAAGAAAGAGGAACCCGUGAAGAAACCUGCAGCUAAGCUAGAAGAACCAAAGAAAGAAGAAGAGACCAGAAAGAGCUUGAAAUCUGUCAAGCAACUCGAAGAGGAGAAGAAAACUCUGGAGAAGAUCGAGCUUAAGCCGAAGGAUGCCACCAAUGCGAAAUCGAAACUCCGAAAAUUACCGCCGAAAGAGGAAGUUAAAACGGGAACCUUUCAGGGGAUUCAACUUAAGCCAGUCACAAAGGAGCCGAAAGAGGCUCAGCAGGCUGAAAAGAAUGGGGUCGCGCUUAAGAAAACCGAGAAAGGCGAAAAACUAGAGGUGAAAAAAAUGAAAGCGUCGAAGGCGGCGAAGGAAGCGAAUUAUGAGCUUCCAGAGAUCCCGGAUUAUGAAAGGGCCGUCCUUGAGAAGCCUCAGGAGUUCGAUUUUGGCGAUUUUGUGCCUCGUGACAAAACGAAACUUGACAGACCGGCUACGCAGAAAUUCGAAUCUAAGCCAAAGUUACCGGAGAUCAAGGCUCCCGAGGCACCGAAGAUCGAAGUUAUCAAGGACGUGACACCAGUCGGCAGCAGGAAAGGUUCUUUAGCGCCUGGAAGUGGUGCCAGCAGUCGACGCGGUUCGCUCAUACCACCUGAAGAAUUGGGUCGCAGACCCAGUCUGAUCAUCAGUGACGAGGAGCAUAGGAAGCUUCGUCCUGGCGAGGUGGUGGACGAGCGCAAGUUGGGAAGGUUACGGCCCGGUGAGGUGUUGGACGCAAAGCGUCGUCGUCCGAGCACAGCGGACAUCAGAAGACCCAGCGUGGCGGACCUCGAGAAUAAAAUCAAUCAGCCUAGUACACCUCUGCGAGAUGUCGGACCAGGUGGACCACCCCAGAUCGUUGAUGUCCAGGAGUCAUACUCCGCCGUCGAAGACUCGACGGCGUAUCUCACCGUCGCGGUGGAGGGCACGCCCGCGCCAACUUUCAAGUUCUACAAGGGCAUUACCGAGAUCAUCGAGGGUGGCCGCUUCAAAUUUCUCACGGAUACGGAAACCAACACGAUCACCCUCUGCAUGAGGAAGACGAAGCCCAACGACGAGGGCACUUACAAGAUCGUCGUGAGCAACAUCCACGGCGAGGAUUCCGCCGAGAUGCAGCUCUACGUUUCCGACGCCAGUGGCAUGGACUUCCGUGCUAUGUUGAAGAAGAGGAAGUACCAGAAAUGGGCGCGAGAAGAGGCCGAACAAGAGAAGGUGGACUUGAAGGAAGUCGAGAAGCCCAUGCCAGCGUUGAAGAAAGUGGAAAGGAAACCGGAAAGCUUUCUGAAGCCACUGGUGGAUCAAUACGCUAAGGAGGGCAAGGACAAGAAAGUCACAUUUGAAGCGAACUUUACGAAACCGAACUGCAAGCCAAAAUGGUUCUUCCGAAAGGACGAAUUGUUCCCGUCGGCCAAGUACAAGUUUAAAAAUGAGGAGGACUGCUACCAACUUAUCAUCCUCGGGCCGAAAGUUGAAGAUACCGGAAAAUACACGAUAGAAAUUAGCGGUGUAUCCAGCACAGGCUUCCUCAAUGUGGACGAACCGGAUCCAACGUAUAGCUUCACGAAACCGUUGUCGAAAAAGUCCAGUGGCUUCACCAAGCACGAAGCUUACAUGGAGUGCACGGUCAGCUCCAAUAUGGCGCAAAUUACCUGGUACAAGGACAAAACGAAACUCGAGGAUGGAGACGUGUACAGUAUCUCCAAAGACAUGUCCGGCGUCUGCCGACUGACCAUAAAGAGUGCAACUCUUGAAGACAGUGGCGAAUAUUCUUGCAAGAUAAACAAACAGUCAGAUAAGACCGAGACGACUCUCACCGUAAUCGAAUAUCCUUACAAAUUCGUCAAGGUGCUGAAACAUCAGCAAUUGAUUGAAAAAGAGACGUUGACUUUGCUUUGCGAAUUGGAUGAUGCCGCGGGUGAAGUCCAAUGGUUUAAAGGCGACCAGGCGAUCACGCCUGAUAAGAGGGUACAAAUCAAAGAAGAAGGCAGGAAACGAAAACUCACUAUUAAAGACUGCAAAGUCACCGAUGCCGGACUCUAUUCUUGCGUGAGCAACGCCGACAAGACGGAAGCCGAAAUCGUGAUAAAUUACGCCAAUCGCUUCAACAAGAAGCUGAAGGACACAGUCGCGGUGGAGAGAGAGAAGUUGGUGCUGGAUGUCGAGCUGCAGGAUCAAACCGCACCGGCCAUAUUCUACUUCAACGGCCAGAAGAUUGAGCCGAACGAGAGGGUGGAGAUCAAGAACCUGGGCGGUGGCAAGCACCAGCUGGUCUUCAACCGAGUGGAGAUGACGGACGAUGGCGAGAUCAUGUGCGAGAGCGGUCAGUUGACCAGCAGUUGCAAGCUUACUGUGAAGAAGGGCGAGAGCAAACCCAUAGUUGACUUCCCCGACAAAGUUGAAGGACCUUGCAGCGCACCAUUGGUCUUUGUUGUGCCUUUCAAAGUCGCUGGCACCAAACAGAGUCAAGUGGAAGCGAAGCUGAUGAAAGAUGGCAAAGUACUGCCUCUCAAGGACGUCGAGAUUGUCGUGGGCGAGGAUAAGAUCACGUACAAGAUCAAGAAACCUCAACGCGAGUCGUCUGGAAUUUACCAGAUUAAGAUAGGUAACGCUCAAGGCGAAGAAGUGAAAGACGUCAACAUCGUUAUGCAAGACGUUCCGUCUCCGCCGACCGAUGUCGACGUCAACGAGAUCUUCCAUGACUCAUGCGUCGUGUCCUUUAAGCCGUCGAAGGACGACGGCGGCACACCAAUUACAAAAUACAUCAUCGAGCGCCUCGAUCUCAGCCUAAAGGCGCAAUGGGACAAUGUGGGCGAAAUCAUGCAGGGCGAGAAGUGCGUCUACAAGGUGACCGAACUCGUGGCGAAGAAGGAAUAUAAAUUCCGCAUACGGGCGGUGAACAAACUCGGCUCCAGCGAGCCGGCGAUGUUCGCCAAGCCCGUCUUAGCUAAAGAUCCAUGGGAUGAACCAGGUAAACCUACUAAUGUCGAUGUCACCGAUUGGGACAAGGAUCACGCUGACCUGACGUGGACGAAGCCCGACGAUGAUGGCGGUGCACCUAUCACCGGAUACGUCAUCGAAUUCAAGGAGAAGUUCGGCAAAGAGUGGGUCAAAGGCAAAGAGGUCGUAGGUGAUGUCACUCAGGCGACCAUUGACGGUCUGAAGGAAGGCACGCAAUACGAGUUUCGAAUACGUGCGGUGAACAAGGCCGGUCCUGGUGAACCGUCCGACGCCACUAAGCCGAUCAUAGCGAAAUGCCGAUUUGUCAAGCCGUACAUCAUCGGCGAUGGACUCACCAAUUUGGUCGUUAAGAAGGGACAGGUUAUCAAGUAUGACAUCAAGUAUGCUGGCGAGCCGGAGCCGGAAGUGCACUGGUUCCUGGGUCAAAAGGAGAUUUUCCAAGACGCGGCAGAAAGGAUCACGAUCGACAAGUACGAGAGGAACACCGUGUUGACGGUCAGGAAGACCACAAGGCCCGAUUCCGGAAAAUACAAGCUAGUGUUGACGAACAGUUCCGGUACCUGCGAGAGUAUCGCCGACGUCGUCGUUCUUGACAAACCAUCGAUUCCAUUAGGACCUCUCAAAGUGGAGGAGGUCCGCAGCGAUCAUGUCAAAGUUAAAUGGGACAAACCCGAGGACAACGGUGGUACCGAAAUCACCGGCUACGUGUUAGAAAAAAUGGACCUGGAAACUGGACGAUGGAUCCCAGCUGGAGAAGUCGGUCCUCACGAUAAGACCUUCACGUUCUCCGGCCUGACACCCAAAAAGAAGUACAAGUUCCGUGUCAAAGCCGUCAAUAAAGAAGGCGAGUCCGAACCGUUGGAGGUUGAGGAAGCCAUUGUCGCCAAGAAUCCUUAUGACGAACCGGGUAAACCUGGCAAGCCUGAAAUCUUCGACUACGAUAACGUUAGUGUGUCCCUGAAAUGGGAAAAACCGAAGAACGAUGGUGGGCGACCGAUCACGCACUAUACUGUCGAGAUGAAGGACAAAUUCUCUCCCGACUGGAUCGAAGUGAUGAAGACCACCGACUCAACGCCUGAGGCUAAAGUAGAAGGUCUCAAGGAGAAGAUGGUCUACCAAUUCCGCGUUCGUGCUCACAAUAAGGCUGGUCCUGGCGAGCCUAGUGAUGCUACAGACAACCAUCUCUGCAAGCACAGAAAUCUGAGACCGAGAAUCGACCGAACGAACUUCAAAUCGGUCAUCAUCAAGGCUGGCCGCACACACAAGUGGUCGGUGGAUGUUAGCGGUGAACCUCCGCCAGAGAUUAGAUGGGUCUGGAGGGAUAACAUCCCGCUGACCACUACCGAGCGCAUCAAGAUCGACAAUGUCGAAUAUCAUACUGAUUUCACAAUCGUCAAUGCAAUGCGCAAGGAUACCGGAAAGUACACCCUGAUUGCCGAAAAUGCUAACGGCAAGGACGAAGAAACCGUUGAACUCACAGUAUUAGGAAAACCGAGCGCUCCUAAAGGACCUCUGGAAGUUAGUGACGUCACGAAUACCACGGCUAAAGUGAAAUGGGAAAAGCCUGAGGACGACGGUGGUGUGCCGAUUAAAGAGUACGAGAUCGAGAAGAUGGACACGAAGACCGGGAAGUGGGUCAGAGUGGGCAAGGUACCUGGUAACUCGCCCAAUACGGAAUUCGAAGUCACCGGCCUGAACCCCGGAAGCGAGUAUAAGUUUCGCGUGACAGCUGUCAAUGACGAAGGCGAUUCAGAGCCGUUGGAAAGUGAGCGUGGCGUCGUUGCCAAGAAUCCAUAUGAUGAACCGUUGAAGCCCGGAACGCCGGAAGUCACCGAUUACGAUAACGAAUCCAUAAGUUUGAAAUGGACCCCGCCCGAGUUCGACGGAGGAGCGCCGAUCGAGAAAUAUAUUAUUGAGAAGAAGGAUCGGUACAAGCCUGAUUGGGAGAAGGCCAUAGAGGUGCCAGGAAAUCAACUCGAUGCUAAGGUUCCGGAUUUGAAAGAAAGAGGGGAGUAUCAGUUCCGUGUCAUCGCCGUGAACAAAGCCGGACCUUCGCCUCCAUCAGAUGCAUCGAAGAUGCAAAUCUGCAAGCACAAAGCUCUGAAACCGAGAAUCGAUAGAACAAACUUGAAACCAAUCAUUGUGCGAGCGGGCAAAACCGUCAAGUACGAUGUGGACGUGCGCGGUGAACCACCACCCGAGAUUAAGUGGUACCACGUCAACAACGAGGUGAAAUCCGGCGAGAACAUCGAGAUCGUCAAUGUUGAUUACAACACGAAACUUACCAUUAUUGACAGCUUGCGCAAGAACACUGGCGUGUGGAAAAUCAAGGCUGUCAAUCCUCACGGCGAGGACGAGGCAGAAGUCGAAGUGACCAUAUUAUCGGCUCCUGGAAAGCCAAAAGGACCGCUCAAGGUGGCGGACGUUACGAAGAACGGCUGUAAGGUGAAAUGGGGCAAGCCAGAAGACGACGGUGGCAAGCCGAUUACUGGCUAUCAAGUGGAAAAAUUAGACAAAGCAACUGGCAGAUGGAUACCUGUUGGUCGCACUGCGGAUACCGAAAUGGACAUAAAGGGUCUUCAGGAGGGUCAUGAGUACGAGUUCAGGGUGAAAGCUUUGAAUGAAGAAGGAGAGUCUGAACCACUCGUGUCGGAUGGCUCCACGCUUGCGAAGAACCCUUACGACAUAACCAGCAAGCCUGGAGUACCAGAAUUUGAGGAUUGGGACGUCGAUCGUGUGGAUCUCAAAUGGGAACCUCCCAAGGACAAUGGUGGUGCUCCAAUUACUGGGUAUAUCAUUGAGAAGAAGGAGAAACCGUCCUCGCAAUGGGAGGAAGCUCUCGUCACCGACUCGCCUCAGCCGAAAGGUCGCGUUACCGGCUUGAAGAAAGGCUCCACUUAUCAAUUCCGCGUUCGCGCAGUUAACAAGGCUGGACCGUCGGAGCCUAGCGAUCCGACCAAACCGCACAUUGCUAAGGCGAGAUUCCUAAAACCACAUAUCAAUCGUGACAAGCUGCAAACCAUCAAAGUCAGGGCAGGUCAAUUGGUUAAGCUUGAAGUUGACAUCGAAGGUGAGCCUCCUCCAACUGUCACAUGGAGCUUUGCCAAUACACCGCUCCAGACCGGAGCCAACGUGAAGAUCGAUAACGAAGACUACCUCACUAAAAUCCAGUUGACAAACACCAGCCGCAAGUUAACUGGCAGAUAUACUAUCAAGGCUGUGAACGAUUCCGGACAAGAUGAAGCUGACGUGGAAAUUAAUAUUCUCGAUAAGCCUGGAAAACCGGAGGGGCCAUUGGAAGUGACGGACGUGCAUAAGGAGGGCUGCAAGUUGAAAUGGAAUAAGCCGAAGGACGAUGGUGGUCUCCCUCUCUCCAGCUAUAUAGUGGAGAAGAUGGACGUGACAACGGGUCGUUGGGUACCAGCUGGUAUUGUGGACCCUGACAAAACAGAACACACGCUCACCGGCUUGGAGCCCGGCAAGAAGUACGAGUUUCGUGUCAAGGCUGUGAACGAGGAGGGAGAAUCGGAGCCUUUACAGACUGAUACCGCCAUCAUAGCCAAGAAUCCAUACGACGCUCCGGCGGCACCGGGACUUCCAGAGAUCAUCGAUUGGUCGGAGAAUAUGGUGAAACUCAAAUGGGAGCCGCCGAUAAGAGACGGUGGUGCACCGAUUAGUGGAUACAUCAUCGAGAUGAAAGACAAGUUCGGCACCAGCUUUGUCAAAGCGGCUGAAACGGAGGGGCCUAUGUGUACUGGGACAGUUCCCAGGUUGGAAGAAGGCAAUCAGUAUCAAUUCAGGAUACGUGCCGUCAACAAAGCCGGCCCUGGUGAACCCAGCGAGGCCACCAAUCCGCACACUGCUAAAGCCCGUUGGCUGAAACCGUACAUCGAUCGCACGAACUUGCAAGCCCUGACAGUGAAGGUUGGCCUUACCGUGAGCUUGGACAUUAACAUAAUUGGCGAGCCGCCGCCAAAGGUUACUUGGACCUUUAAAGACAAGGAAGUCGUAUCGGAUGAUACGAUACGCAUCGACAAUAUUGACUAUAACACCAAGUUCUUCAUUCUGAAAACUAAGCGCGCGCAUACCGGCAAGUAUGUGAUCAAGGCGAAGAACGAGGUCGGCGAGGAUACCGCUGAAGUGGAAAUCACCGUGCUCGGCAAGCCGAGCAAGCCGAAGGGUCCGUUAGAAAUAACAGACGUGAACAAACAUGGAUGCAAACUCAAAUGGGACAAACCCGAAGACGACGGUGGCGCCCCGGUCGACUACUAUGAGAUCGAAAAGUUGGAUCCUCUCACGGGACAAUGGAUACCCUGCGGUCGCAGCACCGAGCCGGAAGCUACCAUCACCGGGCUGCAAGAGGGCAAGCCUUAUAAAUUCCGCGUAAAGGCGGUCAACAGGGAAGGAGAGUCCGACGAUUUGGAAGCAGACAAAUCCAUCAUAGCCAAGAAUCCAUUCGACGAACCUGGCAAGCCUGGUCGACCAGAACUCAAGAAUUGGGACAAGGACUUCGUGGACCUAGAAUGGACUCCGCCUAAGGACGAUGGCGGUGCACCGAUCGAAAAAUAUAUUGUGCAGAUGCGAGACAAAGAGGGUAGACAAUGGGUGGAUGUCGCCAAAGUGCCGGGAGAUCGCACCGCUGCCAAGGUAACCGACGGUAUCCAGGAAGGACACGAGUAUGAAUUCAGGAUCGUAGCGGUGAACAAAGCUGGACCCGGUGAACCCAGCGACAACUCAAAGAGUGUUAUUGCCAAGCCCCGAUUCCUCGCUCCGCAUAUCGAUCGCAAGAAUCUCCAGAAGAAAGUUAUGCGAGUCGGUCAGAUGCUGCGGAUUGAGGCCGACAUUAAAGGUGAGCCACCUCCAGUCGUCACGUGGAAGCUUAAAGAUACGGUGCUGAAGAGUAUGGAUCGUCUCAAGAUCGAGAAUGAAGAUUACCACACUAUGUUCAUCAUCAACAAGCUCAAGCGCUUGGACACCGGCACAUAUACCGUCAUUGCCAAGAACGACAGCGGCACCGAUCAAGUCGAUGUCGAGAUUCAGGUACUGAGCAAACCCGGCAAGCCGAAAGGUCCGCUCGAAGUGUCCGACGUGACGGCGGAAGGCUGCAAGUUGAAAUGGGAUAAACCCAGCGACGAUGGUGGCGAACCGGUCGAUCAUUACGUCAUCGAGAGGAUGGACACGGAUACCGGGCGUUGGGUACCAUGCGGCACCAGCAAGACUCCCGAGGCAGACGUGUCUGGCCUGAACGAGGGCAAGGAUUAUCAGUUCCGUGUCAAAGCUGUUAACUCCGAGGGCGAGUCCGAGCCUUUGGAGACCACUAUACCAACCACUGCCAAGAAUCCUUACUCCGAGCCCGACGCACCUGGCAAACCUGAACUGAAGGACUGGUCGAAGAAUCAUGUGGACUUGAAAUGGAAGGCCCCGAAGAAUGAUGGCGGUGCUCCUAUCGAAAAGUAUAUCAUCGAGAAGAAAGACCAAUACGGCAAGUGGCAGAAGGCCGCCGAGGUGCCGGGCAACAAGACAGAAGGCAAAGUGCCGGAUCUCAUAGAAGGUCAGAAGUACCAAUUUCGGGUGAAGGCCGUCAAUAAGGGCGGCCAGAGUAAGCCUAGCGAGGCCAGCGAAAUUUUGACCGCCAAGGAUCGUUACGCCGCGCCCAAAAUCGAUCGCACCAAUCUGAAGGACAUUACGAUCAAGGCUGGUAACGUCAUUCGGCUGGACGUUAAAGUGACGGGCGAGCCUCCACCAAGCAAGACUUGGUUCCUGAACAAGGCCAAACAAGAGUCCAGCAAUGGCUUGACCAUCGAGGUGGAGGAAUACAAGACGAAGUUCGUGGUCUCGUCGGCGACCAGAGCUCACUGCGGCACUCUGACCUUGAAGGCGGAGAACAGCUCCGGCAAGGAUGAGGCAUCGAUCGAGAUCUUGGUGUUGGACAAACCCAGCAAGCCGGAAGGACCGCUCAAGGUCUCGGACGUGCACAAAGAGGGUUGCACUCUCAAAUGGAAUCCGCCCGUGGACGACGGCGGUGCUCCCCUGGACCACUACGUGGUCGAGAAGAUGGAUACAGAGACUGGCAGGUGGAUACCGGUCGGACGCACUAAAGAACCUAAUAUGGUGGUGGAGAACCUGGUGCCAGGACAGGAGUACAAGUUCCGUGUCGCGGCUGUGAACGCGGAGGGCGAGUCUGAACCGUUGGAGACCGAACAUGGAAUCGUCGCGAAGAAUCCGUUCGAUGAACCUGGCGCACCAGGACGUCCGGAAGCGACCGACUGGGACAAGGAUCAUGUGGACUUACGAUGGACCCCACCGUUAAAGGACGGCGGAUCUCCAAUCACCGGAUACGUGAUCGAGAAGCGAGAGAAGGGUGCGCCUAAGUGGAUCAAGGCGUGUGAGAUUGGGCCGGAUUGCAAGGGCCGCGUAGACAAUCUCGACGAGGGUGUCGAGUACGAGUUCAGGGUCAAAGCCGUCAAUGCUGCGGGACCUGGUGAACCGUCCGACGCCAGCAAACCGAUCACCGCCAAGAGCCGAAGACUUGCACCGAAGAUUGACAGACGAAACCUGCGCGACAUAACUGUGCGCGAGAACGAGGCAUUCCACUUUGACGUGAAGAUUAUCGGAGAACCGCCGCCAGAUGUGACAUGGGUGAUCAACAAUAAGAGUAUUCAGCAGACCACUCACCGUAGGAUACAGAAUGUACCUUAUAACAGCAAAUUUUUCAACGAUAAGCCCGAGCGCAAGGAUAGCGGUACUUAUAAGAUCACGGCAGUCAAUCAGCACGGAUCGGACACUGCUGAAGUCGAAGUUACCGUUAUUUCCAAACCUGGCAAACCGGAAGGGCCAUUAGAGGUGUCCGACGUGCACAAGGAAGGAUGCACGCUCAAAUGGAAGAAGCCCAAGGACGACGGUGGAGAGCCGAUCGAGGGUUACCUCGUGGAGAAAUUCGAUCCAGAGACCGGAGUCUGGCUGCCAGUCGGUAAAACUACCGGGCCUGAAAUGAAAGUUGACGGACUAACGCCUGGACAUGAAUACAAGUUCCGUGUAAAAGCGCUCAACAAAGAGGGAGAAUCUGAGCCAUUGGAAACCUUUAGCUCCAUCAUAGCCAAAGAUCCGUUUACUGUACCAGCAGCUCCUGGAGCACCGGAGCCGGUUGAUUGGACGGCCAACCAGGUAGAACUUGCCUGGAAAGAGCCUGUUAGCGACGGUGGUUCACCCAUUACGGGCUACAUUAUUGAGAAGAAAGAUAAAUACAGUACCAUGUGGGAGAAGGCCUUGGAGACUGAUACACCGGUUACUAAAGCUUUAGUACACGGGCUGGUAGAAGGCAACGAUUAUCAGUUCCGCGUGAUUGCUGUGAACAAGGCCGGUCAAUCGGACCCAGGUGAAGCCAGUAAAACGUUCACGGCUAAGCCACGCUUCCUGGCUCCGAAGAUCGACAGGCGUAAUUUAAGGGACAUUACCCUGUCCGCUGGCUCGAUGCUGAAGUUCGACGCUAACGUGAUCGGUGAGCCGCCGCCGCAUAUCGAGUGGCGUUACGGCGCGAUACCGCUGCAUUCCGACAGGAAGGUACAGAUCGACAACACCGACUACAGCACCAAAUUCAGCAUACGGCCGGUGUCGCGGGACGACAGCGGCGAUUACACCGUUACGGCGAGCAACUCGUCGGGUAAGGACUCGGUAACAGUGCAGGUGAUAGUGACGGACAAACCGACGCCGCCUGAGGGUCCGCUCCAGGUGACAGAUGUGCACAAGGAGGGAUGUAAGCUGAAGUGGAAGAGGCCUAAGGACGACGGAGGCACACCCAUUGAAUACUACCAAGUGGACAAGAUGGACCCAGAGACCGGAUGCUGGGUACCUUGUGGACGUUCCACCGAACCGAAUCUCGAGGUAACAGGUCUAACACCUGGCAAGGAGUACCUCUUCCGUGUGGCCGCAGUCAAUGCUGAAGGAGAAUCAAAGCCUUUGGAAGCGGAGCAAACGAUAUUAGCGAAGAAUCCGUUCGACGAGCCCGGCAAACCAGGCGAUCUCCGUGCCACCGACUGGGACAAGGACCACGUGGAUCUCAAAUGGACACCGCCCGAGAACGACGGCGGUUCACCGAUCACCGGCUACGUGAUCGAGAAGAAGGACAAAUACGGUGAAUGGGAGAAGGCGCUGGAAGUGCCCGCGGAUGAAACUUUCGCCACCGUGCCUGACCUGAUCGAGGGUCAGCCGUACGAGUUCCGCGUGCGAGCGGUGAACAAGGCUGGUCCGGGUGAACCCUCGGAUGCCACACCGACCAUCAUUGCCAAGCCGCGCAAUCAAGCGCCGAAGAUCGAUCGCACGAACCUGAUCGAGGUGAGGAUCAAAGCCGGCCAGAACUUCAGCUUCGACUGUAAGGUGACGGGCGAGCCACCGCCGACCACCAAGUGGAUGCUCAAUGGCAAAGAGGUCCGGCCAAUUGAACGUGUCAAAGUGAAACACGUGGACUACAAUACCAGCAUAAGUGUCAGAAAUGCCACGAGGGCGGAGUCCGGCAAAUACUGCGUCACCGCCGAGAAUAUUAACGGCAAGGAUGAGGCCUUCGUCAAGGUGACCGUCUUGGACAAGCCGAGUCCGCCGCAGGGCCCGCUCAGAACGUCCGACGUGCACGCCGAAGGAUGCAAGCUCACGUGGAAGCCACCCGAAGACGACGGUGGACAGCCGGUGGAGAAAUAUGUCGUGGAGAAGAUGGACGAGGCUACUGGUCGCUGGGUACCGGCCGGAGAGACGGACGGGCCGGAAACGAACCUGCAGGUGGAAGGUCUGACGCCGGGACACAAAUACAAGUUCCGGGUGAGGGCUGUCAACAAGCAGGGCAAGUCCGAGCCGCUUACCGCAAUGCAAGGCAUCGAGGCAAAGAAUCCGUUUGACGAGCCAGGAAAACCUGGUACGCCAUCGGUGGUUGACUACGACACAGACUUUGUCGAACUCCAAUGGAACCGUCCCGAGGAAGAUGGUGGAUCACCUGUUACUGGUUACAUCAUAGAAAAACGCGACAAGUAUAGCCCAACGUGGGAGAAAUGCGCGGAAGUCGACGGUGACGUAAACCGCGGCAAGGUUAAGGACUUAGUCGAGGGGACUCAGUACGAAUUCCGUGUAAGGGCUGUCAAUAAGGCCGGACCUGGUGAACCAUCUGAUGCUUCGAAGUCCCAUAUUGCACGACCUAAGAACCUUCCACCAAAGAUCGACAGAAAGUACAUGCUGGACGUGAAAGUCCGAGCCGGCGGCUUCUUCGACUUCGACGUGCCGGUGAUCGGCGAGCCACCACCGAGUAAAGAGUGGUCGCUGAAGGGUGUCACAGUGAUGGCAAGUGAUCGCAUCAAGAUCACCAACGAAGACUACAACACCAAAGUGCGCAUUAUAGAGGCGAAACGCUCUGAUUCCGGUGUCUAUACGCUCGAGGCCAGGAACGUGAACGGCAAGGACAGCGCCACGUUGAACGUGAACGUACUGGACAUACCCUCGCCACCGGAGGGCCCACUGAAGGUGGAUAACGUCACCAAGAGCGGAUGCACGCUAAGGUGGCGGCCACCGAAGGACGACGGCGGCUCUGAGAUCCAAUAUUACCAGGUCGAGAAGAUGGACACGGAGAACAUGCGCUGGGUGCCCGUGGCCGAGGCUAACACUACUUCUGCUCAAGUAAAUCAUCUCAUCGAAGGUCACGACUAUCAAUUCCGUGUGCGCGCGGUCAAUAAGCAGGGCGAGUCCCAGCCGUUGACAGGCAUGGACACCAUCACCGCCAAAGAUCCCUUCGCCAAGCCGGACAAGCCGGGAGCGCCGGUAGCCACUGACUGGGACAAGGACCACGUGGACCUUGAAUGGGCGCCACCCAAGAAAGACGGUGGCUCGCCUAUAACCGGAUACAUCAUCGAGAAGAAACCUCGUUUUGGACAAUGGGAGAAGGCCGCCGAAGUAUCUGGAGACAAGACCAAUGUUAGGGUGCCGGAUUUGACAGAGAAUCAGGAAUACGAGUUCAGGGUGAUAGCUGUGAACAAGGGUGGACCUGGCGAGCCGUCCGACGCGUCGGCGCCGAUUGUGGCCAAGCCACGCUUCAUUGCUCCUUCGUUCGACACGCAUUUGCUGAAUGACUUGGUAGUACGCGCUGGUCAGAAGAUCAGCUACAUUAUCCCCAUCGUUGCGUCGCCUAAACCGAAAGCAACUUGGACUCGCGACGGAGUUCAAAUCGUGGCUGACGCUCGUCACGAGAUGUACACUACCAACACCGAGACAUCCUUUGAGAUUCCGUUUUCUGUUCGCGGUGAUACUGGACGUUACACUUUAACGUUGGAGAACGAGCAUGGUAGCUUUAGCGCCAGUGCGAGAGUCACCGUCCUUGACAGACCGGCGCCACCGGAAAAACCGUUGGAGGUCAGCAACGUCAACAAAGAAGGUUGCCACUUGACUUGGGGUCAUCCUCUCGACGACGGCGGCAGUCCCAUUCUGCACUACGUUAUUGAGAAGAUGGACCUGUCUCGAGGAACUUGGUCCGAUGCUGGAAUGAGCAUGGUGCUGAGUCACGAAGUCAGUCGCUUGACUCAUCGCAAGGAGUACCUGUUCCGCGUCAAGGCUGUCAACAACAUCGGAGAGUCCGAUCCGCUUGAGACCACGAAGAGCAUAAUCGCGAAGAACGAAUUCGAUGAACCAGAUGCGCCCGGCAGGCCAGUGAUCACAGACUGGGAUAAGGAUCACGUGGAUUUGCAAUGGCCGGCGCCGAAGAACGACGGUGGAUCGCCGAUUAAGGGAUACAUCGUUCAGAAGAAGGAAAAGGGCAGCCCUUACUGGGUCAACGCAGUACAUGUACCUGCGGAUCAAACCAACACGACCGUUCCGGACUUGACGGAAGGUCAGGAAUACGAGUUCCGUGUGAUCGCUGUCAAUGCUGCCGGUCAGUCCGAGCCGUCUGAGCCCAGCGACCUCGUCACUGCCAAGCCUCGAUAUCUGGCUCCGAAGAUCAAAACACCCUUACAAGAUAUUCGUAUCAAGGCUGGACUCAUCUUCCACGUGGACAUCGACUUUAUCGGCGAGCCGACGCCGGAGGUGAUCUGGAGUAUCGGAAGCAACGAGAUACAGACCAACGAUAGGACAACGGUCACGUCGAUCGGCUACCACACGAUCGUGCAUAUCGUCAAUGCCAAGAGAACCGAUUCGGGACUGUAUCAUCUGUUGCUGAAGAACAGCAGCGGCAUAGAUGAAGGAAGCUUCCAAGUGACCGUUUUAGACAAACCUGGACCACCGGAGGGUCCUUUGCAAUAUGAAGAGAUUACCAACCAAUCUGUCACGCUUUCCUGGAAGCCACCCAAGGACAACGGUGGCAGCGAGCUCACUGGAUACGUUAUUGAGAAGCGCGAUCUUACUCACGGUGGCGGCUGGGUACCAGCAGUUACGCACGUUAAUCCAAAAUAUAAUCACGCCACAGUACCAAGGUUGCUCGAGGGAACUACGUACGAAUUCCGUGUAUGCGCAGAAAAUCUUCAAGGACGCUCCGAGCCAUUGACCACCGACCGAUCUGUAGUUGCCAAGAACCAAUUCGUGGCUCCUGGACAACCUGGCAAGCCGGAAUGCGUGGACGCCGACAAGGAUCACAUCAAGAUCAAGUGGACUCCUCCAAUCAGCAAUGGCGGCUCUAAGAUUAUCGGCUACGACGUGGAACGUCGCGAUCGCGCCACUGGUCGCUGGAUAAAGCAAAACAAGGAGCCUGUCAGAUAUCCCGAGUAUUACGACGACCAUGUAACCGAGGGUCACCAGUACGAGUACCGAGUAUCAGCUAUAAACGCUGCCGGUGCUGGAAAACCGAGUGAGACUUCAUCCGUGUUCACGGCUAAGCCCAUGAAGGAGAAGCCGAAGCUCCACCUAGAUGCUUUGAUAGGUCGCAAGAUCAAGGUCCGUGCUGGAGAACCAAUCAACGUCAACAUACCGUUGUCCGGCGCGCCUACGCCGAAAAUUGAAUGGAGCAAGUCUGGAAAAUCGCUCACAGAAACCCUCCGUCUGUCGACCGAGACGAAGAGCGACCGAACGCAGUUGUUGAUUGACAAGUCCGUGCGAGAUGACAGCGGCAUUUACACCGUGACCGCGACGAACGAGCACGGAAAGGACUCGGCCGACAUCGAGGUGAUAGUCGUGGACAAGCCUGGACCACCUCAGGGUCCUCUGCAAUACACCGGUACGACGCAGGAGUCCGUCGCGCUCUCUUGGAACCCGCCAGUAGACGACGGUGGAUCCGACAUCACCAACUAUAUCGUCGAAGUGUCCGAUUACGGCUCUGACAAUUGGCGGCAGGCACCUGGUUACUGUCCCAGAACGAGCUUCACGGCGAAGGGACUAACUGAAGGCAAGAAAUAUGUCUUCAGGGUCCGCGCUGAGAACAUGUACGGUGUCUCGGAGCCCUUGGAGGGUAAACCUGUAAUUGCCAAGAGUCCUUACGAUCCGCCAGAUGCGCCGAGCCAGCCUGAGAUCCUCGGUUACACUCCCAACAGCUGUAGCCUCACCUGGAACCCGCCUAUCAAUACUGGCGGCAAGCCUAUCACUGGUUAUUACGUGGAGAGGCGCGAACGUGGCGGCGAGUGGUUGAAGGUGAACAAUUACCCGACGCCGAACACAACAUUUACUGUACAGGAUCUUCACGAAGGCUCGCGAUAUGAGUUCAGGGUGAUCGCUGUCAAUGAAGCUGGUCCUGGUAAACCCAGCAAGCCCACCGAACCCAUCACAGCCGGACACCAACGUUGUCGCCCUGACGCACCUGAGCCGCCUAAAGCGGACAGGAUAACCAAGGACUCAGUGACGCUGAGCUGGCGACCACCGCGAAGCGACGGCGGUGCGAAAAUCAGAGGUUACAUCAUUCAGAAGAAAGCCAAGGGUGAAGAUGAAUGGUCAGACGUGAACGGUGCGCCCGUACCGAGUAACGUGUUCACCGUGCCGAAGCUGAAGGAGGGCGAGGAGUACCUCUUCAGGGUGUUCGCGGUGAACGACGUCGGCAGCAGUGACCCAAGCCGACCCAGCAAUCCCAUCGUCAUCGAAGAACAACCCAACAAACCGAUCAUGGACCUCGGCGGAGUUCGCGACAUCGUCGUUCGCGCUGGCGAGGACUUUUCCAUUCAUGUGCCCUACGUUGGCUUCCCCAAGCCGACCGCUACGUGGUUCGCUAACGACGUCGUCAAAGAUGAAACUGAUUCGCGUGUGCAUCAGCAGCUGGCCGAUGAUUUCGCCAGUCUUGUGGUAAAGAACUCGAAACGUUCGGAUGGAGGGCAGUACAGACUCCAACUGCGCAACUCGUCCGGCUUCGACACGGCGACCGUUAAUGUGAAGGUCCUCGAUCGUCCGAUGCCACCCGAAAAUCUUCGAGCUGACGAGUUCGGCGGCGAUGCCCUCACGCUCUUCUGGACUCCGCCUAAAGACAACGGCGGUGCUGAUAUCACUAACUAUGUGAUAGAGAAGAGAGAACCGAAGGCCGCUACGUGGUCUAAGGUGAGCAGCUACGUCACGACACCGUUUGUGCGAGUCAGGAAUCUAACAGUCGGUCAAGUCUACGAAUUCCGAGUGAUGGCUGAGAAUCAGUACGGUACUUCGGACCCGGUGAUGACGAUCGAUCCGAUCAAGGCUAGACAUCCCUUCGAUCCUCCAGGCGCUCCCGGUACACCUCGCGGUGUGGAAACGACGGAAGACAGCAUCACCAUCACAUGGACCAAGCCUCGUCACGACGGCGGUUCUCCGAUCAUUGGAUACGUUGUCGAGAAACGUCUCCUAAGCGAGGAUAAGUGGGUCAAGGCCACACCGGCUCUGGUGCACGACACUACUUACAGGGUCACCGGGCUGAUCGAGAAUCACGACUACGAGUUCCGCGUGGCCGCGGAAAAUGCUGCGGGCCGCGGACCUUGGAGCUCCAAUUCCGAUGUUAUUCGGGCUAGUGCUGCACCAUUCCCGCCAAAGAUCACGAGCGACCUCAGUAUCCGUGACAUGACUGUGAUCGCUGGAGAACCAUUCACUAUCACGGUACCGUACACGGCUAACCCCAAGCCAAGACCGAACUGGUCUAUCAAUGGUGAGGAAGUACUCACCGGCGAGAGAAUCAAGUUUGAGACGUCCGACGUGGCCUCGCAAUUUAUUAACAAGAAGGCGAAGAGAUCGGACAGUGGAACGUACACGAUAUACCUCACGAACACCGUCGGCACAGACUCCGCCUCAUGCAAGGUCCUCGUGGUCGAUAAGCCAUCACCGCCAUUGGCACCUUUGGACAUCUCCGAUAUCACUCCAGAAACCUGCACGUUGACGUGGAAGCCACCGUUCGAUGAUGGUGGUUCACCAAUUACAAAUUACAUUGUUGAGAAGCUGGAUCCGGCUGGUUUCUGGGUGAAACUUAGCAGUUUUGCGAGAAACACGCAUUACGACGUGAUCGGUCUGGAGCCAAAUCGCACGUACAACUUCCGCGUAAGAGCGGAGAAUCAGUACGGCAUAUCCGACCCGUUGCAGGCCGAUGAACCGAUAACGGCUAAGUUUCCAUUUACGGUACCAGAUCCGCCUGGUCAGCCGCGUGUCAUCGAUUGGGACACCUCGAAUGCCACCGUGGUCUGGACGAAGCCAUUGUCCGACGGUGGAUCCCGCAUUCAGGGCUACAAGAUCGAGUUCCGCGAUCCCGCUGAAGACGUGCAAUGGCGCGUGGCGAACGACUACCUCUUCAAGGACACCACGUACGUGUGCUACAACUUGUUGAGCGGCCACGAGUAUGAGUUCAGGAUCCGCGCGAAGAACGCGGCCGGCUUCAGUAAACCGAGCCCGCCGAGCGCGCCCUUCAGGCUCAAGAGCAAGUUCAACGUGCCGUCGCCACCCGGCACGCCGCAGGUCACCAAGGUCGGCAAGAACUACGUCGACCUCAGGUGGGAGCCGCCCGUAUCUGAUGGCGGCAGCAGAAUCACUGGCUACGUGAUCGAGAAGCGCGAGGUGGGCAGCGCGAUGUGGGCCAAAUGCAACGAAUACAACGUCAUGGACACCGAAUACACUGUCAUGCACCUGAUCGAGCGGGGCGAUUAUGAGUUCCGCAUAUUCGCGGUCAACGCGGCCGGCAGGUCUGAGCCGAGUUCGUGCACCACUCCGGUGAAGAUCUGCGAGGUCGAGGGCGGUGAGAAGCCCGAAUUCAUCAGAAACCUACCCAUUAGUCAGAUCAUACCGCUCGGCAAGACCCUUGUCCUCGAGUGCGAGGCCACGGGUAAACCCUUGCCGACCGCCAGGUGGUUGAAGAAUGGCCGGGAGAUCACUCUGGGCGGUCGUUUCCGCGCGGAGGCGCUGAAUGGCAUUUACAGGCUAGUGAUCUCGGAAGUGUGGGACGCGGAUGACGGCGACUACAGCUGCCAGAUUUCGAAUCCGCUCGGCAUCGACACGACCACGUGCAGGCUGAAGAUCGGCACGCCGCCACGCAUCGAGCGCAUGCCGGGCGACCUCUACUUGCCGGAAGGCGACAAUACGAAGAUCAAGAUCUACUACAGCGGCGACCAACCGAUGGAGGUGAUCCUGAAGAAGGACGGCCGGCAGAUCGUGGAGACCACGCACAUCAAGUACACGGUCUUCGACGAGUACCUCAUUAUCUUCAUCAAGGACAUCCAGAAGGACGACGGCGGCACUUACGACUUGUCCAUUUCAAACGACAGCGGCAGCGUCAGCGCGUCCUUUACCGUUUACAUCACCGGACUGCCCGGGCCUCCGAUUGGACCUCUCGAUGUCUCCGAUAUCGACAAGCACACCUGCACUCUAUCCUGGCACCCGCCCAAGUACGACGGCGGCCUCAAGGUCACCCACUACGUAGUGGAGCGCCGCGACGUCAGUCACACGCACUGGAUCAUCGUGUCGUCCUUUUGCAAGGACACCACUUUCGUCGUGCAGGGUCUCACCGAAGGUCAAGAAUAUCUCUUCAGAGUGAUGGCGGCCAACGACAACGGCAUGGGCCCGCCAUUGGAAGGAACCAAUCCGAUCAAGGCAAAGGCACCCUUCGAUCCACCGGGACCGCCCGGCACUCCCAAGGUCAUCGAGAUCGGCGGCGACUUCGUCAAUCUGUCAUGGGAGAAACCGGAGACGGACGGAGGCGCCAAGAUCCAGGGCUAUUGGAUAGACAAGAAAGAGAUCGGCAGUCAGGCUUGGCAGCGGGUGAAUGUCAGUAUUUGUUUGCCGACGCAGAUCAACAUCAGCAACCUCAUCGAAGGCAGGCAGUACGAAUUCCGAGUUUUCGCGCAGAAUGUGGCCGGCCUCAGUCCAGAGUCGCAAGCCUCGACUUCCGUGAAGAUCGUCGACCCGCAGGCGGCUAAGCCUCCGGAGAUCAUUCAGCCUCUUCACAAGGUGAACUGCGUGCAGAACCAUAACGCCCACUUCCAAUGUAAGAUCAUCGGCACGCCAAAGCCGACCAUCACCUGGUUCAAGGGAGCCCGCGAGAUCGUAAGCGGCAGCCGCUACAACAUCUACUCGGAGGGCGAGGUGCACAACCUCAUAAUCCACGACGUGUUCGGCGAGGACGCGGAUGAGUACUUCUGCCGCGCGGCGAACAAGUGCGGUGUCAAGUCCACGAAGGGCGAGCUCUUCAUCAAGACGCCGCCCAAGCUGAACGUGCCGCCACGGUUCCGUGAUACCGCCUUCUUCGACAAGGGCGUGAACGUCGUCAUCAAGAUCCCGUUCACCGGCUACCCCAAGCCGAAGAUCACGUGGGUGCGCGAAGGCGAGGUGAUAGAGUCCGGUGGGCAUUACGCCGUCGAGGUGAAGGAGCGGCACGCCGUGUUGACCAUCCGCGACGGCAGCCGCAUCGACUCCGGCCCGUACCGCAUCACCGCGGAGAACGACCUCGGCCAGGACUCCGCCAUCAUCAAGAUCCAGAUUAGCGACCGUCCAGACCCGCCCAGGUUCCCGCAGGUCGACAACGUCGGCCAUGACUCAUUGGCGGUCAGCUGGAAGCCGCCGGUCUGGGAUGGCGGCAGCAACAUCACCAACUACGUUGUGGAGAAGCGCGAGCACCCGAUGAGCACUUGGAUCCGAGCCGGCAACACCCGAUUCUGCACGUUGGCGGUGACCGGACUCAGCCCCGGGCACCAGUACGACUUCAGGGUGUGCGCUGAGAACGUAUACGGGCGCUCGGACCCGAGCGAGGUAACGCCGCUGAUCACCACGAAGGGCGUGAUCAAGCGGGAGUUUAAGAAGAAAGAAUACGAAGUGGACGCGAGCGGCAAGAAGAUCCGCGGGCGCAGCGACGAGAAGCCGCACGAUUAUGACCAGUUCGUGUUCGACGUCUACAGCAAGUACGUGCCGCAGCCGGUGGAGAUCAAACACACCUCGGUAUACGAUAAGUACGACAUCCUCGAGGAGAUCGGCACAGGCGCCUUCGGUGUGGUGCACCGUUGCCGUGAGCGCGCCACCGGCAACAUCUUCGCUGCCAAGUUCAUCCCGGUGUCGCAUGUGAUGGAAAAGGAGCUGAUUCGCAAGGAGAUCGACAUCAUGAAUCAACUGCACCAUCCCAAGCUGAUCAACCUGCAUGACGCCUUCGAGGACGACGACGAGAUGGUGCUGAUCUUCGAGUUCUUAUCUGGCGGCGAGCUGUUCGAGAGGAUCACGGCCGAAGGAUACACCAUGUCCGAAGCGGAGGUCAUCAAUUAUAUGAGGCAGAUCUGCGAAGGCGUCAAGCACAUGCACGAGAAGAACAUCAUCCAUCUCGACAUUAAGCCCGAGAACAUUAUGUGCCAAACUCGCAAUAGCACGAACGUGAAGCUGAUCGACUUCGGUCUCGCCACUAAACUCGAUCCGAACGAAGUAGUAAAGAUCAGCACAGGCACGGCCGAGUUCGCUGCUCCGGAGAUCGUCGAGCGCGAGCCAGUCGGCUUCUACACCGACAUGUGGGCUUGCGGUGUACUGGCUUAUGUCCUAUUGAGCGGCCUCUCGCCGUUCGCCGGCGACAACGACAUCGAGACCCUAAAGAACGUGAAGGCGUGCGACUGGGACUUCGACGAGGAGGCGUUCCGCGACGUUUCCGAGGAGGGCAAAGAUUUCAUCAGACGGCUACUUGUUAAGAAUAAAGAGAAGCGCAUGACCGCACACGAGUGCCUUCUUCACCCGUGGCUGACCGGGGACCAUAGCAAAUGGACCAACCCGAUCGCCAGUAGCCGCUACCUCAGCAUCAGAGACAGACUACGCGCCAAAUACGAGAAUUGGGAUAAGUACGUUCUUCCCAUUGGCCGUCUAGCCGAGUAUUCGUCGCUCAGGAAGCUCUUGAUCGACAAAUAUAGAAUCUACGACUCCUGCUUCGAUCGUCGACAAGCGGCGCCCAGAUUCGUCAUUAAGCCGCAAAGUGCGUUUGCCUACGAAGGGCAGAGCGUGAAGUUCACUUGUCGUGUGAUCGCGAUCGCGGCACCUACACUGACUUGGUCGCAUAAUAACCAGGAACUGCGACAAUCUGUCAAAUUUAUGAAACGGUACAACGGUGACGAUUACACCUUUAUUAUCAACAGGGUUAAAUUGGAAGACAGAGGGGAGUACGUUAUACGUGCGGAGAACCAUUACGGCUAUCGCGAGGAGGUCGUCUUCCUUAACGUGCAACCAUUGCCCAGAGAAAUUCCGGCAUACAGGCCAGAGGUGCAACCAGUACGCAGACGAGAGCCGCUCGGCUAUAACGUGUGGCUGGAGAUGAUCGAGUNUUUUCUGCUGCGAUCUCGUGUCAUUCAGAUCAGGCAGACCUGCAAGCUGCUCUGCUGCCUGAGCGGUAACCCACCACCCACUGUGAAAUGGUACAAGGACAGGGAAGAAUUGUCCAAGCAUAAUUAUCCUAUGAGCAACGCCGACGGCGUCGUCACGAUGGAGAUCAUCGACUGCAAACCGGAGGAUAGCGGCAAAUAUCGCUGCGUCGCUAGCAAUAAACACGGCAAGGACGAGACCAGUUGCGUGGUCAUUGUAGAAGGUACGUCUCGACCGAUGAAUCGAUCCGUCAAAAUCGAACAUAAAUAGACGAAAUAUUUCUUACAUUGGAAGAUAAAAUAUUAUGGGAAUAUUACAAACGAUUGUUACACAUUACGAUCGAAGGUUUUCCAGUGAGCAAA